CCAAAGGAGGAGGAGAAGGGGGAGGAAGAUGAAGAUGAAGAUGGAGCAGAGGAGGAAGAGGAGGAGAAAGGAUUUUCAGUGAAGAAGCAGGAGGCAAAAUCAGCAAGUGAAGAUGAGAAAGGAACUUCGGAAAGGAGGGGGCCCGAACAGAGGAGGAAAUACUAUGAACGAGAGAUGGAGAAAAUAGUCAUACGUACAAACACCUUAGGUAAAGAUCGGGAUUACAACAGGUACUGGUGGUUCCGAAGCAAUGGUAGGAUAUUUGUUGAGGAUUCUGAUUCCAAAGAAUGGGGCUAUUAUACCUCCAAGGAAGAGCUCGAUGCAUUGAUGGGAUCACUAAACCGUAAAGGAGAGAGGGAACUGUCAUUACAUAUACAGCUAGAGAAAUUCUAUGACAGAAUAUG